AGCCCGUGGCCCUGCAUCCCUUUCACUUGCUGCCUGAGCCCUGCGAGAGUGUGGGAGGCUGGUGGGGGACGGUGCAGCCCCAGCCCCUGAAACACCUCCCAGGUCCUGGGUGGAAACCCCGGGUGCAGGAUAGCACUUCAGAUGCCAGGCACUGCGAGGCAUGACCGAGAGAUGGCAAUCCAGGCCAAAAGGAACCUGUCCAAAACCACUGACCCUGUAGAAAGACUUCGACUGCAGUGUUUAGCAAGGGGAUCUGCAGGCAUCAAAGGACUUGGCAGAGUGUUUAGAAUUAUGGAUGAUGACAACAGCAGGACCCUUGAUUUCAAAGAGUUUGUGAAAGGAUUAAAUGAUUAUGCUGUGAUGAUAGACAAGGAAGAAGCACAAGAAAUUUUCCGGAUAUUUGAUAAAGAUGGCAGUGGAACAAUUGAUUUUGAUGAAUUUCUUGUUACACUGAGACCUCCCAUGUCAAAUGCAAGAAAAGAGAUCAUCAUGCAGGCAUUUAGGAAGUUAGAUAAGACUGGAGAUGGUGUCGUAACAAUUGAAGACUUACGGGGGGUGUAUAAUGCAAAGCAUCAUCCCAAAUACCAAAAUGGAGACUGGACAGAAGACCAAGUUUUUAGGGCCUUUCUGGAUAAUUUUGAUUCCCCCUAUGACAAAGAUGGGAAGGUCACAACAGAAGAAUUCAUGAACUACUAUGCAGGAGUGAGCGCUUCAAUAGACACAGAUGUCUACUUUAUCGUCAUGAUGAAGAACGCUUGGAAACUAUGAUCGUAUGAUUAAAGGAACAAGACUUUACUUCCA